GCUUCUCUCGGAGCCGGCAUCAUGGCCAGUUACGGCUGGGAGGAACGUGGCUGCCUGAAUAGCCUGGAGUACAGGCUGUUCUUCAAGGAUGAUAAAGGGGAAUACAUCUCUCCAUUGCAUGACAUUCCAAUGUGUGCAGAUGCUCACAAGAAUUUGUUCAACAUGGUUGUGGAAGUACCUCGAUGGACUAAUGCUAAGAUGGAGAUUGCGACCAAAGAUCCUUUAAACCCAAUUAAACAAGAUGUGAAGAAAGGAAAGCUACGUUAUGUUGCUAAUGUAUUUCCUCACAAGGGAUAUAUCUGGAAUUAUGGUGCUAUUCCACAGCCGUGGGAAGAUCCUGGACAUAAAGAUGAAAAUACUGGCUGCUGUGGAGAUAAUGAUCCAAUUGAUGUUUGUGAAAUUGGAAGCAAGGUGUGCAGCAGAGGAGAAGUAAUUCAAGUGAAAGUCCUUGGUACACUGGCACUGAUUGACGAAGGUGAGACAGACUGGAAAGUCAUUGCAAUCAAUGUCGAAGACCCUGAAGCUGCUAGUUAUGAGACUAUUGAUGACGUCAGGAGGCUUAAACCAGGAUACUUGGAAGCUACAGUGGAUUGGUUUAGAAGAUACAAAGUGCCUGAUGGGAAGCCAGAAAAUAAAUUUGCGUUCAAUGGAGAAUAUAAAGGCAAGGACUUUGCAUUAGACAUCAUCAAAAACACUCAUGACUGCUGGAAAGCUCUAAUAUAUAAAAAGAAAGAUGGGGGAGAAAUGAACUGCACAAAUGCAACUUUAUCGGAUAGUCCUUUCCAUUGCAAUCAAGCAACUGCUAAAACUAUUGUGGAUGCGGUAUCCGUCUGUGGACCUGCCAAUCCAAUACCAGCUGAUGUGGACAAGUGGUUUUACUACGAGAAAAAGUGACGUGAAGCCAGAUGUUGCCGUAGCUGCUGUCCUUUUACCAAGAAGCCACUUGUGCAGAACUAGAUGAAGUGUUGGUAUUAAAACUGAUGUUCUAAAUAUGCACAGCGUAUGAAACAACAGAUGUUGCAUACUUAACUCUGUGUGCUCAAAGUGUAUCCAGGUCCUACAGAAUCGGAGCAGUAGUUUUGUAAACUAUCAGCUUGACAGUCUUUGGUUAAGUAUCAUGGCAUUAAUUGUGUACAAACACACCCAUAUCUGUUGCUUCCUGGAUAUGAGUAAUCAGUGAAGAUACCAGUAAAAUAUUGGG